CUUCCCGAUAAGAUAAAGACUCUCAAUCCAUCCUCCACCAUGGUGCAAGUCGACACCCAACUCAAGGACGUCGUCAUCCUCGGCAAUGUGAGCUCGGAAGCUCGCAAGAUCCUCACCAAGGACGCCUGUGCCUUCCUCGCCAUCCUCCACCGCACCUUCAACCCUACUCGCAAGGCCCUCCUCCAGCGUCGCAUUGACCGCCAGGCCGAGAUCGACAAGGGUCACCUCCCCGACUUCCUGCCCGAGACAAAGCACAUUCGUGAAAACGAUGCCUGGAAGGGUGCUCCCCCGGCUCCGGGUCUCGUCGACCGCCGUGUGGAAAUCACCGGUCCCACAGAUCGCAAGAUGGUUGUCAACGCGUUGAACUCGGAUGUCUGGACAUACAUGGCUGAUUUUGAGGAUUCCAGCGCCCCCACCUGGGAAAACAUGAUCAACGGCCAAGUUAACCUCUACGACGCCAUCCGCCGCCAGGUCGACUUCACACAGGGUGGUAAGGAAUACAAGCUGCGGACAGACCGCGUGCUCCCCACCCUCAUUGCUCGCGCUCGUGGCUGGCACCUCGACGAGAAGCACUUCACUGUCGACGGCACCCCCAUCUCCGGCAGUCUGUUCGACUUUGGUCUGUACUUCUACCACAAUGCCAAGGAGCUCGUUGCCCGCGGGUUCGGCCCGUACUUCUACCUCCCCAAGAUGGAGUCGCACCUUGAGGCGCGUCUGUGGAACGACGUCUUCAACCUGGCUCAGGACUACAUUGGUAUGCCGCGCGGAACGAUCCGUGGUACCGUGCUGAUCGAGACCAUCUCGGCGGCGUUCGAGAUGGAUGAGAUUAUCUACGAGCUGCGCGAACACAGCUCCGGAUUGAACUGUGGUCGCUGGGAUUACAUCUUCUCCUUCAUUAAGAAGUUCCGCAAGCACCCCAACUUUGUGCUUCCGGAUCGUUCGGAUGUUACUAUGACCGUGCCGUUUAUGGAUGCGUAUGUGAAGUUGUUGAUUAAGACUUGCCACCGCAGAGGAGUUCAUGCUAUGGGAGGCAUGGCCGCUCAAAUCCCCAUUAAGAACGACCCCACCGCCAACGACAAGGCCAUGGAGAGCGUGCGCGCCGACAAGCUGCGUGAAGUGCGCGCCGGCCACGACGGCACCUGGGUUGCCCACCCUGCCCUGGCCUCCAUCGCCUCGGAGAUCUUCAACACCUACAUGCCCACCCCCAACCAGCUGUUCGUCCGCCGUGAGGACGUCCACAUCACCGCCAACGAUCUCCUGAACACCAACGUCCCCGGAAAGAUCACCGAGGACGGCAUCCGCAAGAACCUGAACAUCGGUCUGUCCUACAUGGAGGGAUGGCUCCGCGGUGUGGGCUGCAUUCCCAUCAACUUCCUGAUGGAGGACGCCGCCACCGCCGAAGUCUCCCGCAGUCAGCUCUGGCAAUGGACGCACCACGGCAUCACCACAUCCGACGGCAAGAAGGUCGACAAGGCAUAUGCUCUGCGUCUCCUGCAAGAGCAGGCUGACAGUCUGGCCGCCAAGGGUCCCCAGGGCAACAAGUUCCAGCUCGCAGCGCGGUACUUUGCCGGCCAGGUGACGGGCGAGGACUAUGCCGAUUUCCUGACGAGUUUGUUGUACAAUGAGAUCUCGUCGGCGGGCAAGGCCGAGCCGGCUGCUAAGCUGUGAGCUGAGUAGCUAGUUUGCUUGCUUGCAGUUGAUUUCGGACGUAAUGGUGUUACGAUAUGUUUAUGGCAUGGGUUUUAAUUGUUCAUAUUAUUAGGAUGAAUGGGUUUGUGGGUUUGAUAGGCUGGACUUAUUAUCAUUGUUAUUAUCAUCAUUGCUCUUGCGAUUGCUACUAUGGC